CUUGUGGAGGUUUCCGGUUGCUCCAUGCGAUCCUGACCAGGUUUUACCGGACAGUCACUGACACCUCCGUGUGGGCGUGACCGACCGGCUUAGCUCCACAGCAGCCACUAAGCAGUCCCCAGCCCCGCAGCAGGUCAGUCAACACUGACUGCAAGUCAUCCUGACUGUAUGAUUUUUUAACAGUUGCCGGGGGGGCUGUGGUAUCAUUAUUGUCGGCGAUCCGCUCAUUGAUCAGCAGUGAACAGCAGCCAGCUCGUCGGGCGCAGACACCGGUUUAUAGCACGGCUCGGUAUAGCUCGCUAGCGGAAAAAAAAAGCACAUGGAUCCUCAAAACACCAACACGAACACUGAGGCGGCGAAGAUGUGGCUGAACCACGCUAAGACCCUCCGGCUCCACACCGGGAAUCUAGUCAACAGAAACCGCCUGAAGAAGAAAUGUCCGUCUUCACCCAGCGAGGAGCUUCAAGACUGCAUUCAAGCCACACUGAGCGACUGGUUUUCUACAACAAAACCGCCGUCCAAGGACUUUCCAGAUACACUGGACUGCUCCAUUACCCAGGAAACAGAUGCUAUCACACCUGAAGAGAGGGAGGAGCUGAAGGUUUCGGCCAAGCUCUUCCUGUGCGAGUCAACUCAGUCCUCGAUCAGAGAAGCAGUGGAGCUGGCCUGCCAGACACUGGCUGUGUCCCAGCUCGACUCUGUUAUCAUAGCACCACCUGGGCCUCUAGAGGGCGACAGCCAAACUUUGGCACACCUUCAGCCAGCCUGGGAGGAGCUGGAGGCUCUGGUCAGGAGCCAGAAGAUUGCUGCUAUCGGCACCUCUGACCUGGACAAAGACUUGCUGGAACAGCUCUACAACUGGGCUCAGGUGAGGCCCAGCAGUAACCAGGUCAACCUGGCCUCCUGCUGCGUGAUGCCUCCUGACCUGACAGCCUUCGCGAAGGAGUUUGACAUCCAGCUGCUCACACACAACGAUCCCAAAGAACUGAUGUCAGCAGCCACAUUCCAGGAGGCGGUGCAGGAGGGAACGCAGGACCUGAACAUCACUGACUGGAGGUUGGAGUGGGUCCUGCGCUACUCCAUUAUUGUCAAGAGCAGGGGCAUCAUCAAAGCUAAGGGCUACCUUGUCAGUGCUAUGAAGGCGAGCCCCUAGCACAGAAAAGGAGACACACAGAUGAAGCUAUUGUCCUUCUUUUUCCAUUCACACAUACGACACUCACAACAUGCAAAGUAAUAGCUCUAAAUAACGGAUGCUGCCAGUCACCAUGAGUACUGAAGUCAUUGUUUUAACUUUACAGAUAAGGUUGCAUCUGGAUCAUCUAUGAUUUCCUCAGCUUAACGGGUAUUCAUUAUCACCGUCUCAGUAAGAUCUCAAAAGAUCAACUCCAGGGUCAGUUUGGAGAGAACGGGCUGUGAAAGUGAGAGUUUCAGCAGCGAUGGUGGCUUUUACCAUGACCAGUAAAUUAACAGAUCAGCCAUUUAUCAGCACAAUAGAGGCUGCUUUUAUGGUGGAAAAUGUCAGUUGCUAAACAUUGAUCCAAGGUGAAGGAUAACCUUGUUCUGACUUGAAGUGCCUCUUGUAUUUUGCUCCUUCUAUCCUCAUUCCUGCUUCCACUGUGUCCGUGUGAAUCGAACUUUAAAUACAUCAGUCUGAAUGAAAAGAUUACGAGUAGGUAAGCCAAAAGAAAAAGGUAGAAAAUUAUGUUUUUAAUACAGAACGAUUCCAAAUAUAGUGAAAAAAAGUUUGACUUUAUCCAAGCAGUUAGAUUUUUCCUGCUGUGUGUAUAACACCACAUUCAUUCCUUGGUAGAGUAAAACAACACACUAAUCCAAUUACACAAGAGAUGUUUAUUUUAUGAUGCUGAUUGAAUUUUUACCUGGUAAAGCAGAAAACUGUGUCAGUAUAUAAAACUUUAUUUUAUCAUACAUUUUUUCUAACCAUGUGCUGUAUUUGACGAUUCAUCGAACUGCUUACCUGCCCUGUGCUCAUGAGAUUAACUCGGCGUUAGGGAGAACAGCAAUAUUUUGAGAGUUUUUUACAUGCUUAUGUCCUCUAUAUGCAUUGUUAUUGUUGUCGCACUGGAAACUCCAUGCUAAGGAGAUGACAAUGUGUUAACUCUGAGGAAGGUUUUUAUUUAAGAAUCAUAACUGAUUUUCCAGGCAGGAUCCAGUUAAUCCCAUGGAGACAAAUGAUCUGUUGUACUGUAAACAUAUUUUAAUGUUGUGAUAUAUCUGUAUAUCAUGGAUUGGCUUUAUUAAAAUUAUGAAACAGA